AUGGAUCCUUUAACCUGUGCUUUUUGCAAUCACUUAUUUGUGGAUCCACUCAAAUUAGACUGUCUGCACACUUUCUGCAAAAAGUGUAUCGAGCAUGGAAUGGCACACACGGAAAGAGAAACUGUGAAAUGUUCUUUAUGUUCAGGUGAUACAUUAACUAGCGACAUUCAGGAAAACAGACUGGUGACCCUCGCCAUACAGGCGAAAAAACGAGGUCCAAGCACGGUGAACAGGGACGAAAACACUAUAAAUGGGGUAGAAACGCUGGCCAACGAUUUAAAGGCAGAUCUUUUAGCCACCCCAGACCCAGAGACUGAUGUAUGUCGGAGGAAAUUAGAACUCAAGGACACCAUCACCAAGUUUUAUUCAACCUUAAUUUCAGAUGUGACUAUUUACCUCAAGGAGCAGAGUACUGACAUCCUGGGCGAGUUGGACAAGGUAUUUGAGAAAUAUGAAUUAGAAAGCUGUGUAAAAAAUGAAAGGAAGAAGAGACUUGUGCAGGAAAUUGAGUCGAUGUCGAAGUUAUUCAACAGUGUUUACACCGAGAGAACAGAGCACGUAAUGAGUGAUAUUUUACGAGAGAUUAUGACGUACUUUAGAAGAUGUCGAGACAUACUGGAUAAGAUCGGGAUUAUACAAUGUGACGUCAGCUUCCUGUCAGGCAAUGAACAGAAAGAUCUUGUCUUAUCAACUAAUUUUGGGGCUUUAGUUGACCAAACCACUAAUGAGCAAAGAAAUUUGACCGAAGAGAGUAAUUCGACAAAUCAACUUACAGAGAAUGAAACGGAGGGAGAUUUAUCUUUUGGUAGGCAAUCUGAUGAUGUUAUAAAUGGCGCGACAUUGACGCCACAGCUAGCAUUGCCACGAAAUUCAAAUGAAGAAUUGACAGACCAAAGUCUACCAAUUGUAGAGAGGGUGGGAUAUUCUGACCGUGCCCAUAUUUCAACGAAUUCUGACAAUCAUAGGUCAACACCGGAAGCAGGACAAUCUGUAUUGAAUGAUAUGAAUACGAUGACCAUUUCCCCUGGGUACAACCAGCUUGCCAAUUCAACACCACGUGAUAUGGACGAAGAAGAACCACCACCGCCAUACUGGAUGGCUGUUGGUGAGAACGAGGCUCUUGGACUGUUGUCUCCUCUCUCUCGAGAUCAAGAAAAUAGGGAAGUGAAUUCGAGAAGAUCACCUCGAUUAUCAGGGUCAUUUUCUUCCAGUAGAUCCUCAACAGGUCCGGAAAGUCGUGCUCGAUUGAGAAGUUUUAAUUUGCAUAACCAAGACACCGUCCAUGCAUCUAAUCCUCUGCAGUAUGCCACCCAUGCGUUAUCGAUUCGAACGCAUCUUCCAGAUGAUGUCAAAACUGGACCAAUCGUUGGUAUAGCAUGGCUUAGAGACAAAUUGGUGUUAGUUGAUCGUUUCAAUAGUAAGAUCAAGCUGUUUUUGGAAACUGGUAAAUUUCUACAUAGUUUAAAGUUUGCGGAUGCGGAACCAUGGGACGUUUGUUCCAUGAACACGAUAGAAGUAAUGAACAAUCCCCUGACAUGCGCAGUUCCUAUUCCAAGACAAAAACUUGUGAUGCUGAUUCAGGUAGUAGGAGGGAGAACGAUGUUGAUUGGUCAUCGAAUUGCCACCAGGAAAGGCUAUGUAUGCAUCGCUUACGAUCAAAAGAACGCUGCUUUAUUAUGUGGAGUUUCGUCUCCAUUUGGGACUUCCGGUAUUGACAUCAUUAACACCGCGGGUGUGCUACUCAGACAAUUCGCGUUACCACCACAAGUUUUGGUCAGAUCGAUUGAUGUGUCAAUCAAGGACGCCAUUAUAAUUUGCGAUUGGAGAAAAAACAAUGUAGUUUUUCUAAGUACAAACGGAACUCUCAUCGGACAAUAUGGCGGAUCAGAUCAAUGCCCGUUGUUGGAACCUGUCGGAACAUGCACGGACGGUCGGGGAUUCCUGUUAGUCGCCGACUCCAAAUCAAACAGCAUCCAUAUCCUGAACACGAAGGGAAUGUUAUACGGCACAAUGAAAUCCAGCUGCCCGAUUAUUCGACCGAAAGAAAUUAACGUUCGUCCGGAUGGGCCGCCUAAGUUGGCCCUCUCCCAUGGAUCCAUGUUUGUGGAAGUGUUUAAUUUGUUUGAAAGCGAUGAAACCUCUCCUUCCGUCAUUCCAUCUGCACCGGCACCACCUCCACCAACUUCCUGA